AUGGUAAGUUUGGCUUCGGAUGUGUUGUUGAGUGAGAAAGAGAGUGUGCAACUUCCUAGCAGAUUCAGCAAGAACAGAAAGGCUAGAGGUCACGUUAGCGCUGGCCAUGGUCGUAUUGGUAAGCAUCGUUGCCAUCCUUCGGGACGUGGUAAGGCCGGAGGUCUUCACCACCUGCGUAUCCUUUUCGAUAAGUUCCACCCUGGAUACUUCGGAAAGGUCGGUAUGAGACACUUCCACCUGAAGCGUAACACUGAGUACUGCCCUACCAUCAACGUGGACGAGCUGUGGCAUCUGCUCCCUGAGGAGGCUCAGCAGCAGGCCAUGAAGGACACCACCAAGGCGCCCGUGAUUGACCUCAAGGCUCACGGAGUGUUCAAGCUCCUCGGCAGAGGUCGCAUUGAGAGACCGAUCGUGGUGAAGGCCAAGUUCGUCAGCAGUAUUGCUGAGAAGAAGAUUAAGGCUGCUGGAGGUGCUUGUAUCCUCACUGCUUAAAAUGGUGGGUACGGUGUUAUCGAUAUUU